AGGAAGUGUAGUAGUGUCUGCGUGAAUAAUUCGUUAAGAUCCAGUUUCAAGCAUUUUGCUCAACAUGUGCUGCAAACUAAACCAAUGCUGUUGCGGCUGCUCACUUCGCACCGGAGCCAUAGCGAUUAGCGUCUUCUCGUUGAUUUCUUCAGUCGUAUCAAUCAUUCGGAUGGCAUUGGUCAUCUUCGCACUCCAAAGUAAUUCGUCCAAUGCCGCCAAAAUGUUAUAUAAUUUGAGUGUCGGUCAGUUGGUAGUAGCGGUAGUCACAAUUGUGAUGACCAUUCUGCUCCUGGUCGCCGCAGUGAAGAAUCGAAUGCCCAACCUAAUGUUGCCUUGGAUCGUUGUGCAAAUUGUAUCCAUUAUUGUUAUGUUUUUGUACUUGAUAAUAUUGGCAAUAGUAGGUGCUAAUAUCGGAGUAGUGGAGAUAUUAAUCGCCUGCGUUGGGGGAGCGCUGGGGUUUUACUUCUGGCUGGUGGUGCUCAGUUACUAUCAAGAACUGAAGGCUAAUGCGACGACGGAACAAUUACCAGGCGAAAAAGCCACGGGACAGAUUCAACAUUGUUAAAGUUAUUUUUCAUUCAGUGCCAAAUUGAGUAUGCAGGUGUUAAUCCUGUUAAGAUUACGACGAUUACGUAUAUGCAUAGGCAUACGUUCUUUAAAUGUGACAGUGUUGUGCUUUUGGUAGUCUGAUUUUCUCUUUUUUUUCCCUCCGAACGGGAUUGGGUUAUUUCGUUGUGUAUUCAUUUCGACUGGUUUGUUUCUCAAUAGAACUUUUUGUUUUAGCCUCAGUAAUAAUCUGGAAAAGGUCAAUUUGUCGAGGUUUAUUUUACCGACAGUAAUUGAAAAAAAAUUGUGUGCGCAAAGAACAUUACCAAAGUCUACAUAUUGUGGGAAAGAUUAAUUGAAAUAAUGCUGCGCUUUUUCUUUUAGGUGAUUACCUGUGCUGCAUGACCAUAAAGGAAUACAUAUGGAAAAGGAACUGCGAUUCGAUGGAUUCUUCUAGGCGUAUUCUCACAGAUUUACUGCAAGGUAAUUAAAAUGAUUAUUAGAAUUUAAAAAAAUGUAUGGAAAUGACUAUUCUAGUCUAGUUUUUCGUAUUGAGAGGUCCUUGUGAUGUUUAGUUGAGGCUCAGUAUUUCCGCGGUAAAAUAUUAUUACAUGUCCACUUCCUCCGCUUUUAUCGUCUUGAGAAGAAAUAGAAGUAAAAUAUAAGAGGCAGAGCAAUCAAAUGCCAGUAUAAAGUGUACCGUUUCGGUUUGGUUUUUUCUUUUAGCUGACAUGUCCAAAUUCCGUGAAAAACGGAGAUAUGUUUGUUGUCUCUGGCUGUCUCUGGCUGAGUACAACACAGC